AGUAAAUAAUCUUUAAUAUUUAAAUUUUCUCCUAAGUCCCUCCCCUGCCCUGUAGAGCUCAGCCAAUAUUUCUGCAAGCCUAACACGUUGACCAAUAGCGCUGCGUUUCCACCAGGGGGCAGCUGUCAAUCAUCGAGCACGAGCAGGUCUCAGCGCACAACAGUGUCAUGCGCCUCACUCGGCUUACUGCAGAAACAUGGAGCAACAAAACCCCAAAUUACCGAUUCCUCGACUGCCUUCCACAUCUCCAAAAACAUUUAAAAAGUUUAAAAGCCCUUCUUCAAAAGUGGCUGUAAGGCGUUUGAGACAGUCGAGUAGAAUUUACAUUGGAGAUUGUUUUACACACGAUGGAGAGAUUUUAGUGAUCUACACGGCCUGAAAACGGAUGAAGAGUUGGCAAAGUAUCUUUUAGACAGUCAUCAGUCCAAAUAUGAAGCAUCAACAUCUACACCAUUGAAGCGCCAACUGUGUAUGUCUCCAACACCAGUGCCAGCUCUGUCUAGCAUUCAUGGAGAAUCAUCUGAAAGGGAUGAUAAUUUGGAGGAGGUGAUGGAACAAGGUGAAACUAAAAAAGAAGGAUCUUCACAAAUGUUAUCUUGUGUGGGAAUUGAAGCAAACAUUGACGAGGAAGAGUUCAACAAUAUUCAAAACUCUGUGAUAGAGUCAUCAGAUGACACAUGGUCACCAAACAGAGAAACAGAAGUUGAUUCGUCUUCAGAGGAGGAUGAAACCAUCGAGAUGGACAGCGGUACUGAUGACAGCGGUGAUGAGGACUACACACCUUAUAUACACAUAAGGACUGGAGCAGCAUUACAAAAAACAUUACAACUUGAGACUCUGCAAGAAAUUAACAUAGAGGAUACAGUUCAUGACUGUAAUAUACCAGAAGCAACUAACCGACGUUUGACAAGCAAGAAAGGUCUUCCUCGACGCUACAAGCUAAGGCCUGAGGAUCCAAGGCGUUAUGGUUUGCUGUCCGGAGUCCCUGCACCAUCAACAGAGGAACUUCUACAACACCUACGGACUUGCGGUGAUGGUAAAAUAAAACAUUAUGUGCCUUACAUCUUCCACACAAUAGUCCAUUGCUAAUUGAGUUUAUUUUUUAUUUACAGGUAAAGCUUUGCCACAGACAUAGGUGUUGGGGGAAGCAAGAGAAAACCCAAAACCUUCUUUAUUUUUGUUUCCUGUGUUAUUAUUAUUUUUUUUUUAAAUAAAGAUAUAUUUUGGGGAAAUAAGGACUAAUAAUUUAAAAAUUUAUGUAAAAUGUUGGAGGUAGACAUAAUUUUUUGUUGUUGUGCAGGAGUUUUAAAAUUUAUGGUAUUUUUACAAAUGCAACACAGAGUUGUGCUUUAGAACACUUUAUUAGAGCAUCAAACAAAAAUAUAUAAAAAAAACAAACUUAUGUAAAAUAUCAAAUAUAUACAUUUAUUUACAAUCGUCUUGGAAUAAAACCAGUGUAGUUACCAUUGGGGUCAGGGAAUUUUGCAGAAUAAACUCCUCCAUGUGUGGUACAGUUGAAAUGCAUGUCUGGGGAGGCUGUUGGCAGCAUUUCUUUUCCAAAUCAGUUGGCAUAUCUCUGCAGUGGGAGCAUACACACCAUGAAGGUUGAUUGGGUGUUGGAGGUGUUGUGCCAGGUGGACCAGAGAGGGCAAGUACAUCAAAGAGAACACCAGUGUCUGUCCAGCACCAUGGUAAGGAUGUCAAUAGCCUGCUGAGGGUUCAGGUUCUGUAUGUGUUGCUACAAAAGUGGAAAGAGAUGCUACAGCAACAGUUAUGCUUACACGUUCAAAGUCUAUUCGCUCGGAACAAAGAUUCCGAACUCGAGAGAGAUCUUCAUCUCCAAGGUCCACAGCUGAGUGUCUCACACUUCUUCGGCCUCUAGACGCACCACGGCCUCUGGAUGCACCGCGGCUUUGAGAUGAUGGUGGGCAUCUCCUUUUUGCACCACGUCUUGAUGCAAUAGGAGGUUCAAACUCUUCCUCUGAGGAUUCCUCAAUCACUGAACUCUAAAUUGUAUUAGAAUAAAAAAAAUUAUACUAAUAUAAAAAGUACUCUUGCAUAUUAAUCAAUUUUGACACAGAUCAGGUUUACAUCUAGUCAAAAUUUGGGCUAAACCAACAAUAAACAAACCCUAUGAAAACAACCAUGAUUAUAGGAGGACUACACAGAAUGCAGUGUUUAUUCAUGAUUUCCACAUAAAUUAUUUAUAUGCUUUGAUAUAUUCAUCCCAUCUUGAAUGGCAAAGCAAUUAAAAAUAAGCUAGUUACUUGUAAUAAAAUGCUAACAAUUUGAUAGGAUUAAUUUUAUUUACACUAUAGAUUGCCAACUGUUACUGGUAUUUUAAAAUAUAUAUUUAUAGAUAUUCUUUAUAAAAUGCCUUUUGUAAACAGUAAGUGUUUAAUGUGCUGGUUAAAUACAACUUUCUUACCUCAGAUAACUCCAUUGCUAACACUAGCUCAGCUCUAUUACAAGAAGCAAUGCUCUGGUGUUGCUUUUCCUGCGCGUGCACAUUGGGAGGUGUGGCUUUCGACUCUUUCAGGAAGGGCGGGGGAGUGAGCAACAGCCGUUGGAAUUUAAAAAUCUCCUCCUCCUCACCCUGACUGCGUCAUCCUGCGGACUGUGCCUUUAAGAAGCCUUCUCUGGAUCCAGAUGACCCAAUGAAUUAUAGACCAAUAUCUAACCUUCCAUUUUUAUCCAAAGUCCUGGAGAAAAUAGUGGCCAUCCAAGUAUGUGAGCAUUUAAACAUUAAUGCUCUGUUUGAGGAAUUUCAGUCUGGUUUUAGAGAGUAUCACAGCACUGAAACUGCAUUAGUGAGAGUUACAAAUGAUAUUCUCAUGGCCUCAGAUAAGAAUCUUGUGUCUGUUCUAGUCUUGUUAGAUCUCAGUGCUGCCUUUGACACAGUUGAUCACAAUGUUCUUUUAGAAAGACUUGAACAUGUUGUAGGGAUCAAAGGAACAGCGUUAGGCUGGUUUAAAUCCUACCUGUCUGACAGAUUUCAUUUUGUAAAUGUACAUGACAAAUCGUCUUCAUACUACAGGGUUACUAGCGGAGUACCACAGGGUUCAGUGCUUGGACCAAUUCUUUUUACUAUAUAUAUGCUCCCAAUUGGUAAAAUCAAUAGACAGCAUGGGAUAAACUUCCACUGUUAUGCUGACGAUACUCAGUUAUAUUUAUCCAUUAACCCUGAUGAACCUAAUCGGUUGGGUAGAUUACAGGCUUGUCUUGAGGACAUAAAAAAUUGGAUGACUCUAAACUUUUUGCUUUUAAAUCAAGACAAGAUGGAAGUUCUCAUCUUUGGACCAGAAAUCCAGAAAAGGAAAUUGCUUAGCCAGUCGCCUGACCUGAAUUGCAUUACAUUAAUCUCCGAGAACAAAGUAAGGAACCUUGGUGUUAUCUUUGACCAGGACAUGUCAUUCAAAUCCCAGGUUUGACAAGUUUGUAGGAUUUCCUUUUUCCACAUUCGGAAUAUUGCUAAGAUUAGAAGCAUACUUUCCAGGAGUGAUGCUGAAAAACUAGUUCAUGCAUUUAUUACAUCAAGACUGGAUUACUGUAAUUCAUUACUCUCAGGAAGUCCACAGAAUGUAGUUAAAAGUCUUCAGCUUGUCCAAAAUGCUGCAGCUAGAGUUCUGAUGAGAAUUAAAAAGAGAGAUCAUAUCUCUCCUGUCUUAGCUUCCCUACAUUGGCUACCUGUUAAAUUCAGAAUAGAUUUUAAGAUCCUUCUUCUCACAUAUAAAGCUCUUAAUAAUCAAGCUCCAUCAUACAUCAGUAAUCUGAUUGUUCCAUACGUUCCUAACCGAGCACUUCGCUCUCAGACUGCAGGUCUACUGGUGGU